GUCGGAGACCGAGGGCGAGGGCUCGUUUUACAGCCAGGACGAGCUCACCGAUAUGUUCAUGAACGCAGAGCACUCGGCCAACUACUGCAACUGGGCCAAGAAGCAGGGCCUCUUGAAAAAGUGCGAGAAGCGGGCGUGCCGCGUGUUCUACUUCGAGCGGCAAUUCCAGAG